GGAGGAGCCGGGAGGCGGGAGGCGGGAGGCGGGAGGCGCGGGGGCCGUUUAAGCGGCCUCCCUCCCGCCCCCAGCCGCCCGGUCUGGCCCCGACCCUGUCCCGACCCCCGGCCUGGCCCACUCCAGCCUGCCCCGCCGAGCGGUCCGCCGGGCACGCGGGCGGCCUCCGGAGCAGCCCAAGCCCAUGAGGGCCGCGCGCCCUGCCGCCGGCGCAGACGAGACGGAGCUCCCGGCCCCCGAGGAGGAGCGGAGGAUCAAUGCGGUUCAAGAAUCGAUUCCAGCGGUUCAUGAACCACCGGGCCCCAGCCAAUGGCCGCUACAAACCAACCUGUUACGAACAUGCUGCUAACUGUUACACGCAUGCAUUCCUCAUUGUUCCGGCCAUUGUGGGCAGUGCCCUCCUCCAUCGGCUGUCUGACGACUGCUGGGAAAAGAUAACUGCAUGGAUUUAUGGAAUGGGCCUCUGUGCCCUCUUCAUUGUUUCCACAGUAUUUCACAUUGUAUCAUGGAAAAAGAGCCACUUAAGGACAGUGGAACAUUGUUUUCACAUGUGUGAUAGAAUGGUUAUUUAUUUCUUCAUUGCUGCUUCUUACGCUCCAUGGUUAAAUCUCCGUGAACUUGGACCCCUGGCAUCUCAUAUGCGUUGGUUUAUCUGGCUCAUGGCAGCUGGAGGAACCAUUUAUGUAUUUCUCUACCAUGAAAAGUAUAAGGUGGUUGAGCUCUUUUUCUAUCUCACAAUGGGGUUUUCUCCAGCUUUGGUGGUGACAUCAAUGAAUAACACUGAUGGACUUCACGAACUUGCCUGUGGGGGCUUAAUUUAUUGCCUGGGAGUUGUGUUCUUCAAGAGUGAUGGCAUCAUUCCAUUUGCCCAUGCCAUCUGGCACCUGUUUGUGGCCACGGCAGCUGCGAUGAGGAAACAAACACAGAUGAAUGAGUUUCCUUGUCCAAGGCAAGUGGCAGAACUGGACUGAACCCAGGAAGCCUGGCGUCUGUUUUCAUUCUCGGGAGUGCAAGUCCUGUUAAAGGUUUCCUAAUGGGUCUACCCAAGGGAAGACCUCUUACAAAUAAAACUCAUUCCAAACCUCCACAUUUUUACUGGGUGUCUCUGGGUUAUGUCUACUCUUCUAUGCCAAUUAGGUGAAGAGUGGAACACGACUAUCCCCAAACGAAACUGACCACAAAGAGGCUGGUUCACCUCCCUCCUUGGGAAGCCAAAUAAAGUCUCCCAAGAGGGCCCAAGGAAUGUUUUUAGUUUAACGGGGUUAGAAUUACUGCAUUCAUGCCUUUCUGCUGCUCUUGCUAUUUUAAAUAGACAGUGCCAACAUGUUCUUACGUUCUGUGCCAUUACCACCUACAUCUCUGCAAUGUAUCCGUGAUGUUAUUUUCCCAAGAAACAGGGCUACUGUGCACUCGAGCCGCUUUGCAAGGCGAGUUAAGCUAUUCUCAUCAGGAGCCUGUUCACCUCCCAUUUUCCUCCGCAGCUCAUUAUCCCGCACACUUGCACUGCAGUCAGAAGGUUUAAGCUCAGACUGGCUGGGCUUAAGAGGGCCUUGGGGAAAUAUGCUUUGGAGCCUUACCUCAUCCGCUUGGAGGGAUCACAGGCCUUCUUGCCGUUCUGCGCCAGGCCAAUCUCCAUAUGCCCAAUCAAACGUGUCCGUCGCUGAAAAGGUCAGGAAAAUGUAUUCAUCAAGAGGAUUUGGUUCUCUUAAAAUCACGAGUGUUUUCUGAAGCCCAUCUGUGAGCUGUGUGCUGAGUUGGCGUGGACUCAUCAGCCAGCCUGUGACAGAUUGGGUGAGCUGAGGCAAGUUACAGAUUACCCUCGAGCCUCAGUUCCUAUCUGCAAAAGGGGUAUAGCACUUCCCUCAUAGUGCAGUCAUAAGGAUUGAAUAAUUACCAGAAGUGUCUGGUUUAUGCAUUCUGGCAUAUGAUUGGCACUGGAU